AUGGAUGCCUUCCUCAACCCAGGAGCCUAUGCCAAGAAGGUUAUGAAGGCUUUGCUCCAGGAUAUGUCGGCCAUAUACUCCAAUCUGCUCCGUGAACACUCACGGAGGUCUGGCGUUCCCAAAGACGUUCAGCUCUUCAUUCUACAAUGGAUUACACACGCCACCCGACCGCUUGGCCUACUGGAGAUGGCCGAUAUCAUCAAGGCCACCCAUCAUAGUCUCGUCAACCAAGACCUCAAGCUCAGCAAAGACAUCGUGAGAGCAGCUUGUGGCUCUUUGUUGAAAAUACUGCCCGACGAGACCGUCUGUGUGAUUCACCACACACUCACAGAGUACCUCACAGACAUCAACAGGAACCACAAUUCUGCAUACCAUAUUCUGACCUCCGGAGAGACGAACGCCAGACUUGGUUUAGCAUGUUUGAAUUACCUACAGGCCGGUUGCCUCGAUGAGAUGAGUCCCGAGAAAGACGAGUCGGUAGAUCGCUCUUCAAACAAACCCAGGCGCGGCUACAAAAGACUAGACACUGCUGAAGUAAACUUGAAGUAUCCCUUCGUUGCUUAUGCAGCAAGCAACUGGCACGUCCAUCUUGCCAAAUCGACCCGCGAAGGUUAUCCGCAGAAGGAGAUGAACCAGGCACUAGACAUGUUUGUCGAGAACCCUCAUUGGUUGAACACAUGGCUCGAAAUUCGCUGGGAUGAAGGGAUUGGCGGCGUAACCCCUUUGCAUAUCGCGGCCAGAUAUGGCUUAUCUGACUGGGUGAGGCAUCAGCUGACCGUACCGGGUGCCGCCGUUGACCCUGUAGAUGUCAACGGCAGAUCGCCACUUUUCUGGGCAGCUGAGUGUGGGACGAAGGACAUCGUUAAAACGUUGAUUGACGCAGGCGCGAACCCAGACCAAGAUGAGCAUGAGGGACUCAAGCCUCUCCAUCGAGCUGCUUUAAUGAACCAUGCAGGGGUUGUCAAGGUUUUACUCGAAGCAGGCGUCAACCCAUUGACCCCGAAGACGAAAGAGAAUUCCGGCAACUGGUGUGGUAACGCAUCAAGAACGAGAGGACACACUCCGCUCAUGUACGCCUGCCAUCAGGGGCAUUUGGAAGCAGUGGAGGAGUUUUUGCCCUUCUUACAUGACAUGAAGGCCCUUCAUCGAGCGUUGGCUUGGGCAGCUGAAAGAGGCCAGGAUAAGAUUGUCAACAGAAUCUUGGCGGAGCCUGGCGUUGACAUCAACCGCAAAAUCAGAGGUGGAACGCCUCUGUUUCGAGCUUGUAAAAGUGGCAGUGCACAGACGGCUCUGCUACUCCUUAAGAGUGGCGCAGACGUUACGAUCCAAUGUCAACGAGACGAAGAGUUCGGAGGCUGUAAUGCGCCAAAAUACGACUCCGACAGCAAUUCCGAGUUCGAUAUUGAGGAAUCCGAAAACACAUCCGACCCACGGAGAAGACGGGAUCUUUCUGCCCUGUACAUUGCCUGCGAAGGCCCGACUCGAACUCAUAGGACACCUCUGACAAGUGACUCUUUAGCGGCUAGAGAGGUUCUUGAAGCAUUCAUCGAGUGUGGUGAGAAUAUCCACCAGCGGGUUUCAGAUGGAUCAACGCUGCUGCAUGCGGCGAAACACAAUCCUGUGUGGACGAGUUUACUGCUAGAAAGAUCCGUUGACCCAAAUAUCGCCGACAACCAGGGCCACACACCCCUUCACAAUCCGGGAAAUACAGACAGCGUAUCUCAACUGAUUGAGAAUGGCCACGCGAAUUUGAAUGCGGCAGUACCUUCAAAUGGAAAGACGCCGCUCUUCUUCCUCCUCGAUCGCAACGCUACAUUCGUGGCUCUCAAGUUUUUAGAGUAUGGCCCGGACUGUAAGGUCGUGGACAGCGAGGGUAAUGGGGUAUUGCACGUCGCCCUCGGAAAGUCUAACCCAGACGCAAGAAUCCUCAAGAAACUGAUCGAGUUAGGUGCCGACGUCAAUCUCAGAAACAAGUCUGACAUGACACCCAUGGACGUCAUGAGGUUUUCAUGCGACUAUCCGAAAGAGAUAUGGGACAUGUUACUCAGUGCCGGAGCUGACAUCAACGCCAAAGACAAAAAUGGCUGUACCGCACUUUUCAGAAUGGCCAAGUCCCGUACUUCCGAUCGCAAAGACCCUCACAGAGACAUGAAGGCAAUGAUAGAACGGGGUGCCACGCUCAACACUUGCGAUGCCAAAGGUCGCAGUUUGUUGCACGAAGCUGUGAGAAGCCAUCCUGGGAUCUCAAAGAGACUUUUAGAUUACCAGGAAUAUCCCCGACUGGACUUCUUGAUCAGCCUGGGGCUCGAUCUGCAUGUUGUCGACAACGAUGGGAAUAGCUUGCUCCACGAACUCAGCUGGCAUCCUUCAAACUUCGAUAACUUCACCAGCUCGAACAAGAAAGGAAGAACGCCACUUCACAACCUGUCGUGCAAGGCUCGUCGAGGGUCAAGCGAACCGGACGCGGCGUACCCCUUGGAGCUCAUCUCACGGGCGGGAACAGUCGACGCUGCUGAUGAAGACGGCAUUACUCCGCUGCACUUUGCCGUCACCGCUUCAGAAUACCAUACCAAGAAGCUGCUCGACGCAGGUGCUAACCCGAAUGUUGCCACCAAUGAGGACUUGACCCCACUCCACCUCGCCGUUAGAAGCAGGCAAAGCAACAUUGUCGGACUGUUGUUAGACUCUCUCUACCAGCUAGCUGGAUUUGAAGAUGCGCGUCGAGGCGCUUGGCUAGCAGAUGAUUGCCCCCUGCCUAUCACCGGCGUCAAUCAUGAAGACAAGAAGGGCCAAACACCCCUUCAUUACGCUUGUACAUCAGGCCGUCCCGAAGUUGUUGCUAUGCUACUCAAGGCAGGCGCCAAUGUCAAGGCCUCCGGUCUUCGCGAGGCUUGCGACCUAUUCGAAGCGGAACAUACGCUGUGGGAUGCUCCUCAUAGACGUGCCCCUGAGCCAGGAAAUGGAGACGCAACUGGUCUCAAACUCUCAGACUUGUCCCGUCCCCAAUAUAUCGGCAACAAUCAUCUGUCAAAAGACACAGCCAGACUCGAUGAGAUUAUCGACAUGCUCCUUGAUAGGGGUGCAGAUCUCUCAUGGCCUUGGGUAGGACGCCGUUGGAAUGAGAAGCUCGCAGGGGUUUCGACUACCUCCUUGGGAUGUGGAGAUUACACUCUCAGAUGUUGGACUGUAGCAUCGCAGAAGCGUCAACUCGGCCCCUCUCGUCACCGAAUCGGCCACGAAGAAACACCAUUCGAUGAGUACCUCGUCAAGUAUCGCGAUGAGACCACCAUAACGGCGUUGCGGAACUACGACAGUAUCAAGAAGGGGAGGCCGAACCGGAAACUUCUUUGGUCGAUAUUAAAGCGGCGCCAGUACUAUCUUGUGGAAGAACUCUUCCACUGUGGUGUCGAUUUCUUCACUGAAAAUCAGCGUCUAAAACUCACCGGCCUCGAAGAACUAAUACGUGGCGGCUUCACAUAUUUGGUGAAUCGUAUCAUUCAGCUGGAAGCCAAAAGAAGACAAGAAGAGGGCAUCUAUUGUGGAGGGAGGAACACAGAAACCCCAAGAACCAAAAUCGAUACUUCCUGGAUGAGGAAGCAGGAGUCAGAAAAGAGUUCCAGGCCGUUCAUUCUGGAAGCCAUCCACAUGGAGCUUCCAGUUUUCGACGUUCUCUGUCUUUUAGUUGAAGACUUCGGCGCCGAUAUCAACGAAAUGAGCUGGAGCACCAUGAAGUUUGGUAACGAUGAGUUGCAGAUCAUGCAAGGUGCUCUGCAUAUGCUUGCUAGGGGGAAUCAUUGGUGGCAUGUGGCGCAAGCUCUACCAUAUCUCAUCGGACGUAGCGCGAGCCUUGAGCUGAGGAACGCCCAGGGGCAAACGCCGCUUCAAAUUGCCCUUGAAUGUGGAGGAAACAUAAGAACCGGGCCAUUUCACCGCGACGCAGCUCGCCUGCUCAUUCUCGGGGGCGCGGACACGAAUGCCGUUGACACGAUGGGGCGCACAUGUCUCACAUAUGCCGGUUCUGACGCCGAGAUGAUUCGUCUUUUGAUCGAGCAUGGGGCUAUUGUUAAAGCCGACGUUCUCUUUGCGGCAAUUGACAGACAAGAUGAUAAAGUGCUUGGGGCGCUACUGUCGUCAGGCGUUGACCCAAACAUGAGGCUGGAACGGAGUCCUACGGGUACUUUCAAAAUUGAUCCCAGAGGACUCACUGUGCGUCGUUGGAACGACGAUGACAUCCCAAACUAUGAGUGGUAUCCGCUCCAUCAUGCGGCAACAAAGAUGUAUCCCAAAGGGAAGCGAGGGAAACCAGCGCCGAGGGAAGAAUGGCCAGCCAUUUCCCAGGUUAUCCGAGUUCUUCUGUCCUGCGGCGCUGACCCCUUUGCAGAGUUCACCAGAUGCACAACAGCAGACUGCGAUCACCAAAGGCUUGCCCGCCGAAGACCAUUCAAUAUCUCCAAAACCGAAACAGCGGAGAACCCAAGCGAUGCACCGGGAAGCCACGAAAGAUGUCUGGUAUUACACGAGCUGCUGGCCGACAGCCAUGCUACGUAUCAAUGCUUAUCAUCAGAAGGCAUCGAUCCCAAUCAUCGAGAUGGGAAGAAUCGAACCCUUCUCCUAGCUGCGUGUUCCUCCAAGAGAGGUCCAGACAUGCCGUUUGGCCCGGAAGCUGAAGAAGAAUGGAAAGAAGACAAACCCACAGGGAUCACGGUAUUCGAACGCCUCAUCGAACUCGGGGCCGAUCCCGAGGCGCGAGACAUGGAUGGUAGUAACGCAUUGCAUCACAUGCUCCAAUUCCGACAAGUCAGAGAUAGGAGCGUCCCGUCUAUGGUGAAAUCGCUUUCGUACAUUGCACAAUCUCAUCCGUCAACCGUCAACCACAGAGACAAGAACGGCAAAACACCACUUCACCUUGCCGUCGAACGCGCCCUCUACGAAAAGAAGACGACAUACGCCGACCUGCUGCUUGACGCUGGCGCAGGCCCUCUGAUCACCGACAACGAUGGAAACACCGUCCUGCAUAUCCUGUGUCGAAUGCUAUGGAUUUCCACCCUACGGCCCCUCUUCAAGACGCUCAUCAAGCACGGCUGCGACGUCAAUGCACGCAAUCUUCAAGGCGAGACGCCGUUGUUUGGUUACUUUGGCGGGUUCACGCCAGACGAGAAGCAUUUCUAUAAAAUACACAGAGAUAUAAAGACCUACGAUGAUGCAGGCGAACUUGCUGUUCUAAAGGCCGCUGGUGCGGAUUUCUCGGUCCAGCGAAACGAUGGUCAGGGAUUGCUCCACAUCGCGGCCAAGGGACACGAAGUGAGGUUCAAGAAGCUUCUUGAUGAAGGGCUGGACCCCCUGUUGGAGGACGGUGAACGCAAGACUGCGUUGAAUGUAGCUGCUGCAUCCGAUAAUACAGGCGUGUUGAAGCUGUUCAAGCGCGGGGAGACAGAAGUUCGGGGAACCAGAAGCUGGAUGGAUGGUGAUGCCAUCUUUGGUCUCAGAUGA